UCGAGGGAGGCUGCUGCUGAAGUCCUAGAAAGAAGGCGCACCAGAAGAGUUCGGAUAGUGUCAAAGGUUUUCUGUAUGCGGACAUUUGAGACGGUUUUCUUUGAACCAAACCAACAACCAGACCUAUCAAUUCAGGGAUUGGUUGAUAGCCCGCUGGGUCGCCGUGUUCUGCCAUGGAGGACGGGAAGCCAGUCUGGGCGCCCCACCCCGUUGAUGGGUUCCAGCUGGGUGUGAUCGUGGACAUCGGUGCAGACGGCCUCACCAUCAAGCCGCUCAGCCAGAAGGGCAAGACCUUCCUGGCUCCAAUGAAUCAAGUGUUCCCUGCAGAGGAGGAUGUCAACAAACAUAUGGAGGACAACUGUUCUCUCAUGUACCUUAAUGAGGGCACACUGUUGAACAAUAUCAGAGUGCGGUAUAGUAAAGACAAGAUAUAUACUUACGUGGCCAACAUUCUGAUUGCGGUCAACCCAUACUAUGACAUCCCCAAACAUUACUCUCCAGAAACCAUCAAGUCUUAUCAGGGCCGGUCCCUUGGGACUCUUCCCCCUCAUGUCUUCGCCAUUGCUGACAAGGCUUACCGGGACAUGAGGGUGCUGAAGAUGAGUCAGUCCAUCAUCGUGUCCGGAGAAUCUGGGGCUGGCAAGACUGAAAACACCAAAUUUGUCCUCAGAUAUUUAACAACUUCAUAUGGAACUGGUCAAGAUAUUGAUGAGAGGAUUGUUGAAGCAAACCCCCUGCUUGAGGCUUUUGGAAAUGCCAAGACAGUCAGGAACAACAACAGCAGUCGUUUUGGGAAAUUUGUGGAAAUCCACUUUAAUGCAAAGAAUAAUGUGGUAGGCGGGUUCGUGUCUCAUUACCUGUUGGAGAAGUCCAGGAUCUGCAUGCAAGGUACCGAGGAGAGGAACUACCACAUCUUCUACAGGCUGUGUGCUGGAGCCUCGGAGGACAUCCGAAAGAGGCUGCAUCUCGACUCCCCUGACCACUUCAGGUAUCUGAAUAGAGGAUGCACACGAUACUUCGCCAGCAUGGACACAGACAAACAGAUCGGCCAGAAUCGCAAGAGUCCUGAGGAUAAUAAGCAUGUUAAAAUGGGCGCCCUUAAAGACCCUCUGCUGGAUGACCAGGCGGACUUUAACAGGAUGUGCGCGGCCAUGAAGAAGAUCGGACUGGAUGACACGGAGAAGCUGGACCUGUUCAGGGUUGUAGCCGGGGUUCUGCACCUGGGAAACAUCGACUUCGAGGAGACAGGGAGCACUUCAGGCGGCUGUAUCUUGAUGAGCCAGUCGAGCCAGACACUGUCCUACUGUGCUGAUCUGCUUGGAUUGGACCAGGACGACCUGAGAGUGAGCCUCACCACCAGGGUCAUGCUGACUACAGCGGGGGGCGCCAAAGGAACAGUCAUCAAGGUGCCUCUGAAGGUGGAACAGGCAAACAGCGCCCGCGAUGCCCUGGCCAAGGCUGUGUACAGCUGCCUCUUUGACCACGUGGUCAGGAGGGUCAACCAGUGCUUCCCCUUCAAAACCUCCUCUAACUUCAUAGGCGUGUUGGACAUCGCCGGUUUCGAGUAUUUUGAGCACAACAGCUUUGAGCAGUUCUGCAUCAACUACUGCAACGAGAAGCUCCAGCAGUUCUUUAACGAGCGCAUCCUGAAAGAGGAGCAGGAGCUGUAUCAGAGGGAAGGACUGGGGGUCAAUGAAGUUCACUAUGUUGACAACCAGGACUGCAUAGACCUGGUGGAGGCCCGGCUGGUGGGCAUCUUGGACAUUCUGGACGAGGAGAACCGUCUGCCGCAGCCCAGCGACCAGCACUUUGCUGAGACCGUCCACAGCAAGCACAGAAACCACUUCAGACUCACGGUUCCCAGGAAGUCAAAACUUGCUGUGCAUAGGAACAUCAGAGACGAUGAAGGCUUCAUCAUCAGACACUUCGCUGGGGCCGUGUGCUACGAGACGACCCAGUUUGUGGAGAAGAAUAACGACGCCCUCCACAUGUCCUUAGAGAGCCUGGUGUGUGAGUCCAAGGACAGGUUUGUUCGGGAGCUGUUUGAGAACUCCAACAACAGCAAGGACUCCAAGCAGAAAGCUGGCAAGCUCAGCUUCAUUAGUGUGGGAAACAAAUUCAAGACCCAGUUGAACCUCCUGUUGGAGAAGCUUCGCAGCACUGGCUCCAGCUUCAUUCGCUGUGUGAAACCCAAUCUGAAGAUGGUGAGCCACCACUUUGAGGGAGCCCAGAUUUUGUCUCAACUGCAGUGUUCAGGUAUGGUGUCUGUGCUGGACCUGAUGCAAGGAGGUUUUCCUUCACGAGCUCCUUUCCACGAGCUCUACAACAUGUACAAGCAGUUCAUGCCUGACAAUCUCACACGACUGGACCCCAGGCUGUUCUGCAAGGCCCUGUUUAAGGCACUGGGUCUGAAUGAGAACGACUACAAGUUUGGGUUGACCAGGGUGUUCUUCCGCCCCGGGAAGUUUGCAGAGUUCGACCAGAUCAUGAAGUCGGAUCCGGAGCACCUGGCGGAGCUGGUGAAGAAGGUCAACCAGUGGCUGGUCGUCAGUCGCUGGAAGAAAGUCCAGUGGUGUUCGCUGUCCGUCAUCAAACUGAAGGAGAAGAUGAAGUAUCGUGCCUCUGCCCUUAUUAAGAUUCAGAAGACAGUCCGCAUGUGGCUCUGUAAGAAAAGACAUAAGCCACGCAUCGACGGCCUGGUGAAGGUGCGGAACUUAAAGGCACGUAUGGAGCGCUUCAAAGAGGUGGUGGGCGCAUUGAAAGAGGGCAAGCCGGAGAUGGACAAGCAGGUCCUGGAGCUGGGGGCCUCCAUCGACACCCUGAUGGUCAAGAUCAAGUCCACAGUGAUGACCCGGAAGGAGAUUGACCAGGAGUACCAGGGACUGGUGAGGAGCUCAGAGCAGCUGCUGUGCUCCAUGCAGAAGAAGAAGCAAGAGGAGGAGGAGAUGGAGAGACUGCGGCGCAUCGAAAAGGAGAUGGAGAGGGAGAGAAAGAGGAGAGAAGAAGAGGACAAGCAACGCCAGCAAGAGGCUGAAGACAGGAGGAUGAAAUCGGAGAUGGAGCUUAAGCGGAAGCAGGAGGAAGAGGAGAGGAGGAGAAGGGAGGAAGAUGACAGGGUCAUGCAGGCGGAGAUGGACAUCCAGAUAGCGUUGGAGCGGGAGGAGGACUCCCAGCGCUCAGCCGUAUGGGAGCAGGAGAGGAGGGACAGGGAGCUGGCCAUGAGGAUCGCCCAGAGUGAAGCCGAACUCAUAACGGAUGAUGCCCAGAUUGACCCCAGCCUGCGCAGCAACGAAUAUCUCUCAGGUCUCUAUCCUGACACAGUGAGAGCCAUAGGUCCUCAGGUGCAGGCGCUAAAAUCCGCCGGCGUGAAGAAGUAUGACCUGAGCAAGUGGAAGUAUGCAGAGUUACGGGACGUCAUCAACACCUCGUGUGACAUCGAGCUUCUCGCGGCAUGCAGGGAGGAGUUCCACCGUCGUCUGAAAGUAUACCAUUCCUGGAAGUCCAAGAACAAGAAACGCGACAGCGCUGCAGAGCAAAGGGCUCCCAAAUCAGUCGUUGACUAUGCCCAACAGAACCCUUCGCUGGCCUCGGUCGCCCCCCCAACCGGAGGACCGCAAUGAGCCGCCAGCAGCGCUACUUUCGCAUCCCCUUCAUCCGGCCCGACCGACCAGUACAAGGAUCCGCAGAACAAGAAGAAAGGCUGGUGGUACGCCACUUCGACGGGCCCUGGAUCGCCAGGCAGAUGGAGCUGCACCCUGACAACAGCCCAUCCUUCUGGUGGCAGGUAAGACGACAUGGAGAUGUGUGAGCUGAGCCUGGAGGAGACGGGCCUGACCAGGAAGAGGGGAGCUGAGAUUCUGCCUCGGCAGUUUGAGGAGAUCUGGGAACGCUGUGAUGGGAUCACGUACCUGCGGAACGCCAUCGACAGCAAGCAGGCCAGGCCCACGUACGCCACCGCCAUGUUACAGAACCUCCUCCAGUGAACCUGGGGACCAGCCGACAAAGGCUCUGAAAACAGAAGCUGUCCUGAUCAUAACAGCCUUUCAGGCUAACGGUUAUGUUGAUUUGUCGUUUUACAUUAAGGUUUGUUUGUUCUGUAUUUUCAUGACAGUAAUCACCCAAUUUCCAUUCCAUCCUAAUGCAAUAUCCUACGUUUUAAUGACAUUUUUAUGACGAGGCCUUGAAACUAUUUUCUUUGGUAUUAAUGUCAGAGGUGCACUUCUCUGUGACCGUCUUAAUUGUAUAUUGAUGUUUAGUUAAGAACAUGACCAUUUGCUGGAAAUGUUGUAUUUAAUUCAGUGAUUGAUAUGGCAAGUACUUGGCUUCAUAAUUUGUGCUCUGGAUAUACCUUUUUGACACAUAUAUUAGUAUAUAUUAUUAGGGUUUACACUUUCCGGAUAGUGGAGGUCAGGUUGUUAAAACCGAUUUUAGUUUUUUACUGCAAUAGUAAAAUCUGAACACAAAAGGUUAUCUGUCUGUGAGCCUGCCAUAACGCGGGGUCAGAUUGUGUACUUGAUGUAGAAAGCUAGCAGACUUUCUUUGUUUGUUUAAUACAGUAUCUACAAUACUAGCUUAAGCUUAGCUUACUAAAGGUUUUUACAUCUUCCAACAAGCCACUGAGCAGUGGUAGACAUUACAUAUUUUUGGAUAGAUUCAUCAAAAAUAAGAUUUCGACUUUGUCUCAGAGUAAAUGUUGCAUGUCAUUGUCAGCCUGCCUCUCUCAUAGAUUCAUUGAAGCACAGUCCUCUUUAACGUGUGGGGAGAAAAAAACACCAUUUUGGAAAAAAACAGUGAAAGAAUUCUCAAGCUAUGUAUUCCAUUGUGACAGAAUGUAUUUUUAUCUAAGAACUCCUUAAAAAUGUAUUUACAAAAAAUUAACCAUAGGAUUUCCAGGCAACCUUUUUCAUAGACAUAAAUAACUCUUGAAAGAAUUAUCCCAAAAAUGUUAAUACCAUUGUUUGUAGGUUUGUAAGUGUGAUUUUGUCUUUCACGCUUGAUAGCUAGGUUACUUUUGCCGAUAUGUGACUUUGUCGAUAUGUGAGUCAGUCAUCUCUUCAUGGACCCCCAGUUAUAAUUUAUUGCCUAUUUGAUCAUGAGUGAUAACCUUGUUUGUGUUAUUUUCUUUAUAGUGAAAUGAUGUAAUAUUGAUGUUACACAUUCCUCCAUGCAAUUGUAUCUGUGGUUUUUCCACUUCUACUUUUGCACUGCAAAUAAUAAAUAAAUACAUUCCAACUAA